AUGGCUUCAUCUAAAAUCUUCUUAGCAUCUUCUAUUCUCAUGGCUCUCAUGUUCUCCUCCAUGAUCACUUCAAGCGUAGCUGCAAAACAACUUACCAAGAAGAAAAUGUUAAGACGACGAUUUUUUAGACCUCAUUUCCCCAAACCCGGUUUUCAUCUUCCAAGACCCGGUUUCCCAACCAAUCCAAUGCCAUUCCCUCAGUUCCCAAAACCCGGUUUUCCUCAGUUCCCAGGACAAGGUUUCCCAAACAAUCCUAUGCCAUUCCCUCAGUUCCCCAAACCCGGGUUUCCUCAGUUUCCGGGUCCUGGUUUCCCAAAAUUCCCUCAGUUUCCCAAACCUGUUUCCCCUUCUUUUCCUCCAGCAACACCCUCUGGAAACCUCAAGCCGGUUCCAUCCAUCUCGCCGCCGCCCUCUCUCCCUGCAACUCCCACUAUCAGCCCUUGA